AUGAAUAGAAAGGGGAAAGGAAAAGGAAAAGGUAAAAAGAAGAAGGCGUCAAUGGUGAAAAGGCCGCCAUGGUUGGAAUUACCAGAAGAUAUAUGGGGUAACAUAUUACACAGGCUGGGGUUAAAAGAGAUACUGCUGAUUGCACAGAAGGUGUGCAGUAUGUGGAGGCGAGUGUGCAUGGAUCCUUCCAUGUGGCGUGUCAUUGAUAUGUCGAACUGCCGUGACUUAGACUGCAUCGGCAGCCAAGAAUUGUGCCGCCACGUGGUUGAUCGCAGCCAAGGUGAACUAGUUGACUUCAGCAUGGAGUACUUCGUCACCAACGAGUUGCUUGCUUAUGUAGUGGAGAGGUAA